AUGGCAUUCAAGUUGUGGGCGCUGGAUGAGGAAACAAUAUACGAGCACGUGUUCGAGCGGUACAUGCAAUUGGAGGCCCAAUCCGGGAAACUGCCCCAAGAUUUAGGCAUUCAGGAUAGAAGUAGAGGUGUGUUGGAGGUAGCGAUUGAACCCUUUGGGUUAGAAAGCAGUAGGAGAAAAAAACGAGUGAGAAGGAGAAAUAAAGCUGGUGCUGUCGAAGAAGUUCGAAACAUUGCUCUGGACAGUUAUCAUGUUAGCGUAGAGCAGUCCAUAUCGAGCUUGCAUUCGUCCAGAGACAACGGCAAUUCCACCACGGGAUACGUUGUAUGGUCUACGACGCCCUUCUUUAUCAGCUGGCUGCUUUAUAGUGCAAGCGCUACUCCUUUCCGUCUUGGUACCCAAGUGGAAGUAGUUCACGGGUCCUCUUGUGAGCAGCACAUGCUUGAGUUGCCUAAGCUGAUCAAUCUUACGGGCACUGAUUUCAGCAAGAGAGGUAUCUUGGAACUUGGAGCAGGGAUAUCGGGCAUUUUACCAGUGAUUCUUGGUAACUUCGUCGAUGUCUACGUGUCAACAGAUCAAAGGGGCAUUCUUACCAAGUUGAAACAUAACAUCAUAGAAAAUCUGUCGCAGUUGACCAGAAAGCAGUGUGUAUCCCGGACACUACGAUUGGAACUCCCGACCCUCGAACCGGCCGACGACGCAACCACAACCAUAACGGAAUCUCUAUCGAAGGCUACAUUGAAACUGGAAGUAGCUGAUCUAGACUGGGAGAAGAUGAACUUACAAGACGAAAAGACACACUCUCUGCAUCCUGAGUUGUCGCUUAUAGGUGAAACAUGCACUUCCGUGUAUGUUGUCGCUAUGGAUGUUAUAUACAAUGAGUACCUCAUAGACCCCUUCCUCAAAACGCUGGUGCAGCUUAAACACUGGUUUCAAGGGAUCUACAAGUUGGAAUUCUACGUUCUCGUGGGGAUACACUUGCGUUCACAGGAGGUGACAACCCUGUUCUUAGAGAGAGCUAUCAUAGAAUACAAUCUAACAGUUUACGAUAUCAUCGACCAGACCUUACAAGAGUCACGAUUCAACUUCUAUCUUAUUACCUAG